AUGACCCGAAACGAACGGGACUUCAACGAUGCGUUGCUGAUUGCCGCUGAAAACGGAGGUGUGCGGGAAUUGAACGAGCUCAGCAUGGCGCGUGGUUUCCCAAAUCUUCGAAAUAGACAAAAGGAAACCGCCGCUCAUGUGGCUGCCGGAGCUGGUCAUAUUGAGGCACUGAGUUUUCUGACCGUCAAAGGCGCACAGCUUUCUAUGGAGGAUGAACGAGGUUCCUUCUUGUCUUUGUGA